GGGGAAAACGAUGAAAACGAAAAAACGACUACAAUUCGUGUUACAAAUGAUUAUAUUUCACUUUAUGUUACAAAAAGAAUCUCUAAUGCGGGUAAUGUCCCGAUUUUAUAGUUUAAUAACGUUCAACUUCAGCAACCACGCUCGUGGCCUGAACAUUCUGCGCUGUCGUUACACGUUUCUUCACCCGGUAAAUAAGUAUCGCUUGAACAUCUACUUAGUAUCUACUAUCGAUAUCGUCUGAUUAACACGAGCGACGCUCUCGUCUGACUAACUUCGCAAUUAUAAGAAUAAUAAACACGGAGGAGUGGGGGGAGGAGGAUGGAAGGAAAAAAGUUACGAAUUCGCUACAAACUUCACGGUUGCGAUCUUUGAUCGAUCUCCGUUCUACGAUUACACAAGGUUGUCUUACACAUAAGAUGUGUUAGGUACGUGUAUACACGUCUACGAAGAAAAUAUACCAAGUUAAAUUCUUCGGUAUUCGAGUGUCUUAUCGUAACGUUGAAACGUCUCUUUUUUUGUCUUAUGAUGGCGUUUUACACUAAUGUGCAUUUACACUAUUUACAAAGACAUCGGGUCCAUGCACGAGCACGCUGUCGGAUUGAAAGGUGCGCUUUCUUUGGUUCUAAACGUCUAUCAAUAACGAAGGAUAUAAUGUCCAAAUAACGUGGAAUAAUAUCAUAGAACGUAGGAAGAUUACAGGCGACGAACGUGAUAAGGAUUUUUAUAGGAGAACACGUUUAUUACCACAAAAUCGUCUUCCUAGUUAGUUCCAAAGUUAAGCGUCUGUUCUUUCUUUCUAUCAAAGAUCUUCGAAAUACGAUUAAAAUAACGUUCGUCUCGAUGCUUAUCACUUUUUGCUUCCGGAAAACUUCAAUUUUUUGGUUAUUUCUUAAAGAUCUUCAAACCUAAUAGGUUGUUUUAAUUAAGAUUCUCUUAUUUGACAAAAACGAUAUCAAAACCAUAUAAUAAAUAAGAGCAUACUUCGAUAUCAUGUUUCUCAGCUGUAAUCCUCCAUUGAGUUUGAUUUGGUAUUUUUGAUAAAAUAGAAUCUCUAUAAAAAUAGCUUUGUGUUUAGCAACAAUCUCCGAGCCUUUGUAAACGUUUCGUUUUAAAAUUUAGUGAACCAUUACGAUGCCACUGGAAGAUCUAAGAAGAGUCGAGUAAUCGUAGAUCACAUUUUCACGUGGUAUAUAUAAACAUGGUUUUACGAAGACGUAGCAAAGCUAACGGAACGAGAGAUUGUAUAACUUCUAGCUAUGAAUCACUGUUUUAAUUUCACUGCCUAGACUAAUCCUAUAAGAGUAACUACAUAUAUGCCACUACCUACGUUCUAGGGAAUACAGUCAUUAUAGUUUUAUACCUACUGCUAGCGAUUUUACUAAGAUCGGAUAUCAAUAUCUCUAGUAUAUCAUAUUCCAACUAUCUGUGGCAUCGAAAUGCUUCACUGGUUCAAUCAAAAAUUUUACCAAAUAAAGUAGAACCUUGAUCAUCUGAACCGAUCGCAACGCGUUGGCGUACCUAAUAAUCGAAUAAUUUCAGACGAUUCAUAUGAGACGAUUAUUCGCUAAUUUCCAAUUAUUUUAGAAACAUUGGGUUGGCAACUAAGUGAUUGCAGAUUUCGUCAAUAGGUGGUAUUGGCAACAUCCGCAAUCACUUAGCUGUCAACCCAAUAUUAACGUGUAAACAAAGACAUAAGAUUUAGACUGUAAACGUAACGAUUUGUAUUGUACGAUGCUACUUAAGAAAGUAUCGAUCGAUAUUCCGAUCGUCGAUCGUUCCAUGGAUCGGUGUUCUGAUAUAAUCGAGGUUCUACUUUAAAAUCUCAGAAAAGAAAAAUGUAAGCAGGAUACCGUUUCAACGAAACGACCCGUUCCUUCGCCAUUGAAAGACGUUCUUCUAACGUGAAACGAUGAGAAAUGGAAUCGGUAAAAAAGAACAGAUGAAAAAUCGAUAUCUCCUCGACAUUUUGACUAAACGUGGACCCUGUUAAGGUGCAAGAAACACACGAACGUCCUCGAAGACGUAAAAGCUCGUACCCAUCCUAACCCCACGUAUCUUUCUGGUCGACAAUAAUUUCAGCGCAAGCUACGCAAUCGGUUAAAUCGCUUAGUCUAUGCCGUUUACGGGCUAUAGUCUUAUUCGGUACUCGACCGUUUUCUUUUUACUUGCUAACGUUCGUAUAAUACGAUCUAAGCCAAACACGAACACACCACCGCCAGGAAGUCAGCCAGAAUUGGGACGCAAUCAGAGCUUUUAUGGAAGCCUUGAGCAAAUCUGCCUGCCAGUUAUUCCCGAUAUCCCAUUUUUCUCGAUUACCCCGCCGGCAGAGCAAAAAGAACACGUUUCUACGGAUUCUUCCUUUGGGAAUUUCAACGGGGUAAUGCCUACAAAGAGCUUUGCCGAUACAUAUAAUAUGAGACGAAGGAACUUUGUGAAGGACAUUCAUAGUACUCUAUGCUACAGAACGAUACGAUAUUUCUCAAUUAAAACCAUCAAAAGGAUCGAUGUGUAUGUACCUAAGCUGCGUUUGUUUGCGAAGUGAUCACGAGAUUUUAACAGCGUUACAGUCAGCUUUAUCACAACGGUUUUGUCGAUGAUACAACGUAUCAAUAUCUGUGUUGAUAUCGGUAUUGCUAUUCGUAUCGAUAUCGGUAUCAAUAUUCUGGAUGUUACAAAUAUUUACAUCCCAAAUUUGUCAAGUAUUUUAACAAUUGGGUAUUCAGGUAUUUGAGCACUCGAAUACAUAUGUUUUCAGAUACUUCGAUACCUUGCUACUUGGGUUUCUUAAUGUUCAGGUGCGUAAGUAUAUAUUUGUAUAUAUGACAUUUAAGUGCAUGAAUAUAUGGGUAUUUACGUACCUGAUAAUACACAGGCAAUUAUAACUACUCAAAUACUCGAGGAUUUAUAUAUAUAUGUGUUAUUCAUCUCGUAAAUAAUGCCAUUUUACUACAAUACGUACGUAUGUACGAGUAUAUUGGAUACGAAUAAAGGAUUAUUUGCCAAUAAUCAAUCGAUAACGUAUCAUCUCUCGUGCUUAAAAUUGUUUUGUCCGUUAACAUAUCUUUUAGUAAUUUUCCUAUUAAAUUUUUAGAAAACCUUUUAAUAAAACUCCUCUUACGACGACUUUAAACUCAACUCUCAAACUCAAUCUCGUUACUUUAUGGAACGAUCCAAUAUUUGCUGAAUACUAGAGUACAUUAGUAAUCGAGUAAUUUAAUGCGUAUAGAUAUAAAAGUAUUCUAGUACAUAUUUGGAUAUCUAGAUGUUCAAAUUAUUAUUACCUACAUGACCGUGUAGAUAUGUAUUUUAAAGUGCUCGAAUACUUCAAUACUUGGAUACGUUUUGUUAUAUAAUAUACGGAUUAAAACUUUAACGAUGAAAACGCACUUUGUUCCACAAAGGGUUAAUAUCAUACAACAUCUGAUAGAAAUUAUUAGAAUCAGUAUUUUGCUUCGAAACGAUUUCGAAUCGCCUUUGGACAGCGCGGACGGCAAGGCGAGAAGUUAAGGACGAAUUUCUUUACGUUAAGGACGAAGUCGGAAGGAGAAUGUAGUAACUAAUAACAGUAAGAAUAAUCGAGAAAGAAAAGAACAUUUUUCUCUAGUUCUUUCCUGGCAGUGGCGUGAAGGGAAGGGAAGGGACGGUGGCUUGAGGCUGGCUCGGUUUAUGGACAUAAAUUAGAACUACCUGUGUCUAUCGCACGAACUUCCACUUAACAAUGUAGUUUUAAAUGGAAAAAAGAAAUUAAUUUACAAUAAUGUACGUGUAACUUUCACUUGAACAUAUACAUAAUGAAACUGAGGAGAAAACAUAUACAGCAAAUAAGUAAUAAAAAUAAAAAUGGGAAAAUAACAUAAAACAAAAA